CAAUCAAAAUGAGAGAGAGAGAGAGCGAGACUCUAGAAAACCCACAGACAAACCGGUUGAGACUUGAGAGUUGUUAAGACUUCAAGAGAGACUCAGAAAAUCGAGCAAUUUGUUUGCAUUUCCAGACCACCCGCCAAAAAACCGUUGAAGCAGUUGGUUUUAACGAAACCCUAAAUUCUAACAGAGCUUUAAGAAGAUCGAACGCAGAAGGAGAUCUUCUCCAGGUGUUCUGUAAUUACGGUACUAGGACUCUCCCACAUUCUUCCUUUUCCCCUCAUUUGGUUUCACUUCCAUCGCAUAAUUUUUCAAUUCUCAACCAUGAUCCAUUGGAUUAUCUGUCAAUUUGUAUUUCCUCUCUUAUUUGAUCUAAUUUGGCUAGAACUUGACCGAAAAAUCUCAUUUCGAUGGAAAAUUCAAUCACGAAACGAUUGAGCCUCCAAAACGAGAUUUUGAACUGGUUGAAGGAAUUCUCCGAGAAGUUGCAAAGUAGAGCAAAUGCUGUUACGUUGGAAGUACAUGACCUUGUGGAUCAGACUGGCAUUGUGGAACAAGAUAUGAAAAACACCCUGAAUUCUUUCAGAAGUUUAUUGUAUCAUCAAUCUACAUAUAAUAGAAUAUCUGGAGAAGAAACAUCUGGCGAGAUGGAGGAAGAUACCGAAAAUUUGGGUACUGCAGGCAUACCUGCUCAGAGUUACGAAAAUGAUAUUCUGCCCAGAUAUAAAGAGGCUAUUUCUCUUGGAUUUAGUUCUUACCGGAAUCACAUCCAGAAAAGAAACUUAACAUCGUCAGUUGGAUCCAGUUUUGUUACCGGGUUAGUUCAUGAUCCACUUCCCCAUAUAAUUGGUUCUGAAGAGUAUGUUCAUGACAAUCGCUGUGGUUUAACAGACACAGAGGAUUUGAUAUUAGAGAGGGAAUCACUUAAUUUCAGCAACAUAACAGAACCAAAAGGAAUAUUAUAUUCUGAUGGAGGAAGCCUCGGCUCUGAUACUUUGUUGAGUGGAGACUUAUUUGGGGGAGAACAAGAACCGUUUUGGAAGGCAAGUUGGUGGAUCGUCAUAUUUGUUGUUUUGUCAACAUCAGCACAUAAUUAUAUGUACCUAGUGCCUUCUUGCAAACCCAGUAUGCCUCUGAGUGUAUGUAUAUAUAUAUAUAUACAUAUUUAGCACCUGUCCCUCCUGUGGUGUCAUAACAUUAAUUGUCCUAGCUAAGCAACACAAUAUCCUUUUCCAUAAUCUGGGGGUAAAAAGAGUUCUGGUCUGUUACUGUGUGAACCUGACUGAGAAUAACAUCAAGCAGCAUGAGGUCAUGGCACAUAAAAAAAUGUCAAGGCUUAUAGUAUAGCGUGUAUGUACCAGAAUUAGUGGAUGCUGCGAAAGGGAGUGGCGAUGCCAUACGCAAAAAGGAAGAGACUCAUAGAAUGGAAGAGGCAAAUAGAGCUUUUGCACAUUUUCAUUAUUCCAUGAACAGGAUCUAUAUAGAAACAUUGAUGCGGUUGGGCGAAGGAAUAUUUAGUUACUUUUUUUUUUGUGUUUGAUUUAUUUCCUUUUUAAAAUAGCUUGGGAGUCAAGUUUAUUUGAGUAGGAUCUUAGUCUCUAAUUUAGAGUAGUUUCCCUUUUCAAUUUGUUUCCAUUAAUGGAUGUUAUUUUCCUUUAAGUAGCUAUGUGAGACGAUGGAGUUUUUUUCAGUUUGGAAUUGAAUAGUUGAAUGAAUGUUUAUGGCUGCCGUGAGGCUUGCAUAUCUCUCUCUUCUUCUUUGAUCUUCUUCUUCUUUCUAAUUCUUCAUACUUUCCUGCUGUAUUUUCCUUUACCUGGAGCUGCUCUGUUUCUGGCGACAGUUGCAUCCCUACACAAGCUCAUCGAUCUCCAUAGUGUUUGACCUGUUUGGGCUGAGGCUUUGGUCGAGGGUUCCCUACCCUUGGGCGACCCAAGCCCUUGAGAUAGGGCUUGGAAAUCUUUCACGGCUGUGAGAACCAACCUCUACUGAUACAACCGGCUAAUAUACAGCUAAUACAGCCACUCUAGAACUCCGACACUGAACAAGUACAAA